UUGCCUCUUCCCCACCAAGAACACCAUUUGGUUUCCCCCGGCUGGGUCUCUAUUUAGGUACACUUCAUGAACUUCCAGUGUCUGGACAACUUCUGGUCACUGAUUUUCCUCAGGUGGGCAGGCUUGUGAAAAAAAAUACGAGGUUUGGGUCUUGAAUCCAUCGCCCUCUCAUCUUUGGGCAGCCUGGCUGAGAAGGGAAGAAGUUUCGGCUGCCGGGCAGAGUUGGGCUGCUGGAAGAGUCGGGUUGUCUCCCGUGCCCGGGGAGGCCCCGAGCAAGCAGCUGGGACACGCGGAGAGCGAGAGCGGAAGAUGGGCAAUGAUGACAGUGACUGUAAGCAUGAGAAGAAGUUUUAAAACCAUUGAUCCUAAAACCCAGCGAGGCAGGCGCCUGCACCCCCUACUGCUGUAACAGAGAGAAAAAAAAAGCCCACUUUGCAAUUACAUCUGGUCAACAAGAAGCUCUAGUUUGUGGGAAGAGGUCUGCAUCUAAUCCCUCCAGAACCGUCACCCAGAGGCACUCACUGGCUGGCCAGGGACAGUCUUCCUAGCUGGCGGACAAUGCAGGGGAAUAAGAAGUGCACAGACGGGUUCAGCGACUCUUCUAGCAUCGGCAGUGUGCUGGAUGAUGCAGACAGGGAGGUGAGCAGCCUCACAGACCGGGCGUUCCGAAGCUUGUGCAUCUCUGAGGACACAUCCUUCCAUGACUCUGACCUGACCCUGUCCCCGGAUAUCACCCGCCAGGUGUUUGGGACUCUUCACCAGGGAACGGUGAGCCACACCCACAGGAAAAGCGGCAUUUGGAGCCAGUUACCAUCCCAAGGCACCGAGCAUGCUGGCUGGGCAGCCACGUUCCAACAGCUACCCAAGUAUGUCCAAGGGGAGGAAAAGUAUCCCAAAAGCAGUCCCCCGCUGACGCCAGCCCAGAGGAGACUGGAGGUGCCCGUUUCUGGCCUGAGGAGCAGCAACAAGCCUGUUUCUAAAGUGUCAUCGCUGAUUAAAUCUUUUGACAGGACUGAGAGCCAAUGCUGUGACAGCAGACCCCCUACUAGUAAGCCCCCGGCUCUCAAGAACCCCCCCAAAUUUGCUCCUCUUCCAGAAAGCGGUGUCAAUUUCUGCUUCGAUUCUGCCUUUCUGACUGUCAGGAGGGUGCCUGCUGAAGUCUCUGGUGCCCAUCAGAAUAGUCACCAGCCUGGCAAGAAGCACGGAGAGCAAGAGUCCCCCAAGGACCCCGAGAUGGCCUGUCACAGCUCCAGCAGCUUCCUCCCAACACCUGAAAACACGGCCAGCGCAUUUGAGUCAAAGUUCCCCUCUCCGCCGCACAAGCCAUCCAACGGGGAGCCUGGAAGAAGUAAGGAGUGGCCUCGCAAAGGGACCUUUCUUCAUAGUGAAAACAGUGCUUUUGAGUCAUGGACCGCCCACCAACCGAGGCUGCCCGAGAGAAAGGAGGCUGCUGACCCUGUCCCAGAAAGCAAAGCAAAGCAUUACGAGAACGUGCCCUUGUUCAAAGAGCCCCCGGUCCCUGAGCACAAAGUCUCCCCCUGCCAAGCCCGGGCCAGCUGCAGUCAGGAGGAGAGCAGGCUGGCUCCAGGGGCUGUCUCCGCAUCAGGACCCUGGGGACCUAGGGAUUCAGGGGCCCAGGUAUUUGGUACAGAGGGAAAAGCUUCUGGCUCACAACCUGACCUUCAGGGGAAGUCCACCCAGCCCCCUUGGAGGAAACCAAAGUCCAGCAAAGGAAAGAAAGAAAGUCUGCAAGACACAUCGGAAGAGAAGAAGCAGGCCACCAGAAGAGGCCCAGCCUUGUACACAAAGCACAAUCCCCAGGGACAAUUUCCAGAAAACGAGGCUCUUGACAUGCCCAUGGACCCCAACGAGCAUUACAGUCCUCCUUUUAACAUCAGUAAGCUUCUGACCCCCAUUAUCCCCACUAAGAAUAUCCUGGAGCCAUCUGAUGGCCAGCCAGUGGAGAUGACCCCGUCGCCCUCAGGACAAUUAAAUGGAUACCAAGAGAAGGAACCUAGUGAAUGUCAGUCUCGGGAUAGCUACAAAUCCAAAGCCCCUAGCCUGCUGUUCAACCUUAAGGAUGUACGGAAGCGUGUCAAGAGCACAUACAGUCCCUCACCUCUCUUGAAAGGCCUCGAGGAGAAAACCAGAGGCAAGCAAGAACUGGUGAGCAAUGGCAUCAUCCUACCCAAUGGGCUUGAGGAGAGCCCUCCAAACGAGCUUUCUAAGGAAAGAGCAGCUGAAGCCCCUUCUGUGUCCCAUGUCAGUACCCAGAUGGACCGUAAAGCUGACCCUGGUGCAGCCUCUGUGGACAACCGUCUAACUCUUAACUCACCUCCAGCCAUCACCCAAGCCCCCUUCUCCAUCAAUGGGGAGGGAGCUGACAGAAACAGCUAUGAGAAGGAUGAUGGAGAACCAGAAAUGGGCACUGCCAGGUCCAGCAAGUGUCCAGAGGUGAGGGACCACUGCCCCAGGAAGCACCUGUCCCUGAGGCUUUGCGGCAGAGAGCCUGAAGCAGGGAAGGCUGGAGAGAAACCAAAGACCCCCAGCCUAGAGAAGGGGUUUUCGAGAUCUGUGUCUCAAGAGACAGAGCCUGAGAGAGAGGCAGGACUUCAGAAUCCAAACUUUAACCAGAAAUUCUCCCCAGGGCCCCUCUCUCCCGAGGAAGAAGAUGUGUUUUACAGUGACACCCAGUCCGAUUUCAUGCCGUGCUUCAAAAGUAAGGCCAAAUUCAGCACCAGCUCCUCGGACCAGUCCUUUGCCUCAUUUGAAGACCAGCAGAAGACAUGGUUUACCGAGAGCCAGCAGGAAGACAGGAGGAAUGAUGAAAGUGCAGGUGACAGUCAGAAGGACGAGGAGAAGGAGAUAGGGAAAGAUGAGUUACCGCAGGAUGCCUUAAGUAACGGGCACGCAUGCGUGCAGGAGCACAGCCAGGGGGCGUCGUUGCAAGAAGGGGAAAGCUUGUCUGGAUAUAGACCUAGGAAGGCAUCGAGAGAGGACGCUAACUUCAGAGGCACUUGGAUCCCAGGAAGUAAGGAUACAAGGAGAGACCCUACCCCCUUGCCAUCUUCCACUACAAACAAGCGCAUACUGUUUGCAAUUAAAGACAACACUCUCAGGGCCACCCCUGUGAUAAAACCCAUCAUGCUGCCCCUCCUGAGGGCCAUGUCAUCAGAGGACCCAAUGGGCAGUGGCCACAAAGAGGAAGACCUGACAAAACCAGGCUGGGGAGAAGAGGCUGGGCUUUGUGGCCCUGAGAGCCAGGAAGUGGCCAACACCCCCAUGCCUGCUAACACGCAGGGCACACACUCAAAGCACACGGCCUGGGGGAGCACGGAGGACCAUGGGCAGGUGCCAGCCCCAAUGGGGAAUGUCCCAUCUCCUCCACUCGUGGGAGAGGCUGAAGGGCCAAAGCCACCCCCAGAGGCUGCCGGUGGAGUUGUGGCAAAUGAUUGCACAGUCCAGGGGAAGCUGGAUGCUCGGAGGUGCAUCCCCACCAUCGCUUUGCCCGAGGGCCACCCAGAAGACCAGCUCCCCCCACAGCAGCUGGGAACCUGUUGGGAAGAACACACACAAGAUUUCAAAAGUCACUUACUGUCUACACCCAGAGCAGGGCCAUCGGGGAGAAGACUGGUCCCUGGUGAGACAGCAACUUCCCCCAAUGCCAGCUCCCCGGAGGAGAGCAGCGGGUGCUCGCCAGCCGCCAGCAGCAUCUGGGACGAUGCCUCCCAGGCCCCCAGUGACCCGGGCCUGCUGCCCGGGGAGCCCACUCACCCCAGCCCCUGGGCCAGCCCCUACCCUGCCAGGGCUGCCCGCAGGGAGGACCUGACACACGCCCUCACAUGGGAGGCUGGCUCCGACCCCCAACUUGAGCCAUUUGCGGAAGACCUCAGGACACUUUCUCCAAGAGGCUUGGUGCUGGACGCAACUGCCAGCUUGGCAGGCCUGUCUGAGAAACCAGAACUCGCCACUCCGCUGGAGAGGGCAGCCGGCAAGCCUCCUGCAGUCCCACCCAAAACGGAAAAGGCCCUGCGGCGGGCGAAAAAGCUGGCCAACAAGAGGAGAAAGACCGACCAGCUGCAAGAAAAGCAUGGCGAACCCCUGGAAGAAAAGCCGUGCCUGGAGGACUGCGACCGAGGGCCACCACCUCCCAGAGAGAGGCCCCCACCCAGGUGCCCCGGGGUCCGAUCUCUGCCCCCUCCCAUCCACCGCCACUCAGUGUCUGCCUUCUCAGAGCCCAUCAGGAGGCAGCCUGGGGGAUCCCAGUGCCUUACGCCCCUGCCGCCUUACCCUGCCACCCAGAAGGUCCUCCAAGACCCCCAAUCUGGAGAGUACUUUGUCUUCGAUCUGCCACUCCAGGUGAAAAUCAAGACCUUCUAUGACCCUGAGACGGGCAAAUACGUCAAGGUCUCCAUCCCAACCUCUGAAGGGGGCUCCCCCGAGCCGCCCCCGCCAGACACACUGGAUGCCCCCUACAUGCUGUACCCCCACUUCCGGCCCCUGCCCGUGACGGCCUUGAUGCCGCUGCGUUGCUCCUCUCAGCUGUCUGCCCCCACCUUCCUAAGUCAGGGCCCUCACACCACCACCGAGGCAGCCGGGCUGGGGCCCCGGAGGGCACGCGAGGCCAGCCUGCAGUCCCUGAGGCCUCAUGGGGACCCCAUCCAGCACUCUGAAGGCCAGCGCCCGGAGAUGAGGAGCCUCCGGGAGGAGGGGAGAGACACCCCUCGCCUGGGCAUCAUCUCCACCAAUGACCUAGAGGACUUUGCCACAGAAGGCAUUUCUUGAGAAUUACAGCUGACUAACCACCCCCCCAUAAACCCAGAAGAACUUACUUCCUUUUCCCCAAUCACUUACACACACGCACACACACAUGCACAUCAACACGUACUUAGCCAUGUGGGAUCCCUAAAGUCUCAAAGGAAGUAGGGAUUCUGAGAAAGAUCCACUUGAAGGGCUUCCCUCCCUGGGAAGGCACUAUUUGCAUGACCGGGUCCCUCCCAAGCCACUUCUCAGAUCCUGGAUCUGCUCCACUUGCCACCCCCUUUCUCCUUCCCUCCCUUACUCCCUGUCCUUUUGGCUAUGCCCCUGGGGCAGGUCCAGAAGAUUCCUUAUGGCUGCGCUGCUCCAGCUCCCCAUCUUCUUCUCAAGGGCUGGCUCAAGCAGUGAGCAAGCUCCCAAGCCCCCCCCACCCAAUUGCAGCACUGCGCUGAGCCGAGCCCUGCCCACAAGCAGGCCACCCAGCCCAGCCCCUCCAGGUGCUGCCAUGGUAGAGACGAGCACUCCACCCUCCCUCCAUUGCAGCAGCUACCUGCAAGCAGAGACGGCUGAGAACUGACCCAAGGCAAUCUUGCAGACAUGUUUAUUUGCAUAGAAUGGGUUUUCUUUACUGAGGAAGCUUUCCUCUGAAGGCUAUUUUCUGAUCAAGGAAAGGCUACCUUUUAAAAAGUGAAACAAGUUU